AGGGAGAAAGGUCCCAGCUAGCACGUGUUAAGCUUAGAACGUUCUAGUAACAAGUGUCCACUUGGGCCUUGUUCUCAUCCUAAUCCUAAUUCCUAAUUCCUAAUUCCUAAGGUUGUUCUAGCAUUUUCUACAAUCUAAUCGUGAACCCACUAUUAAAACGUCUGCGUCUGCGUCUGCGUCUGCGUCUGCGUCUGCAAACCCAAAGUCAUACUCCGUAGUUCCAAAUUAUUGCAUACGAAGAUGAACACAAUAAGAGGGGACGAGUCAGUGGUAAUCCGAGGAAAACACCGGGACGAGGAAGGGAGAGUAGUGGUGGAGAAAGUAGAGGUGCACACCCACGAUAAAGACACCCUGAAGCAUCUCGAGAAGAAGCUCGUAGACACGGGACUCCACCGCCUUGAGCGUCACUCUGCUGAUAACAGGGCAUCGGUGAAGAAGCCACCUCCAAAGAAAGGACACGGGGGUAAGUAUACAUGGGAAGGGCCUGACCUUGAGGUUGAGAAUGAGUUUGAAGCUGACCUUGUUCUCGACAAAGGGGAUCCUAAUUAUGUUGAUCAAGAAGAGGAGCUGGAUCAUGAGGUCAAAGAGAGGAUCAAGGGUCAACUGGAAGUUGCUAAGCUGCCUCAGGCUAGAGAGUAGAGAUUAGAGAAGGUGUUAAUUGCUACCCUUUAGAAUUGAGACGACGACUUUAUAAUAAUAUAAUGUAAUCACCACAACUAGUGUCUGAUAUUAUGUAAUUGUUUUUCUUAUGCCUUUUAAUUACGUAGUAACUGCUUA